AGGGCGACGACGGCGCAGGAGAGGCUGAGACCCAGGCCGAGGCCCGGGGCAGCGGCGGCGGCGAUGGCGGCGCGGAGCCGACGGCUGAGGCAGCAGCCUGCCACCUCGGGCUGACGGAGGACGGGGCGGAGCGAAAGGGGCGUGUUUCCGGCCAGCUCAGCAGUCGCUUUCCGGUCCUGCUACACCGAGGGGGGCGUCGCGCUGAGCAACGGUACCCGCCGAGCCGGCCCGCUGCCCCCGCCUCACAGGGCGACGCGGACAGCCGGGAGCCGCCGCAGGGUCGUGACGAGGACGAAGAAGACAGAGACGACUACGACGAGGAGCAAGACGAGGAGCAAGACGAGGAGCAGGACGAGGAGCAGGACGAGGACUGUGAGGCGCCGCUCUCCGCCGCCGCCAUGCUGAACAUCUUCCGCUCCAUCCCCACGCAGAUGGACUACAAGGGCCAAAAAUUAGCAGAACAGAUUUUUCAAGGAAUCAUUCUUGUCUCUGCAAUAAUUGGUUUCAUCUACGGCUACAUCACUGAACAGUUUGGAUGGACUGUUUACAUAGUUAUGGCUGGAUUUGCUUUAUCAUGUUUGCUAACGCUCCCUCCGUGGCCUAUGUACCGCCGCAAUCCUCUGAGGUGGUUGCCUGUCCAAGAGUUGGGAACAGAAGAAAAGAAGCCAGCAGACAGAAAGCCAAAGAGACAUGCUAAAAGCUAAAAAAUGCGGUUCUUCAUGCUGUUACUCUGUUAAAGUUUGUUAAAUGCAUUUCCACUGGGAGAUA